AUGGAGACACUCCCUCAGGAUUUAAUCGAUGACAUCGUCUCUUAUUUACUACCGCAGCAGCAAGUCAAAGCAAUACAACCUUAUGACGUGCGGGUGAGACCAAUCUCGCCCGUGGCCCCGUUAGCCACAGUCUCUCGUCGGCUACAAGCCGCCGUGGAAAGGGCAACAUUCAGAUCUCUCAAAAUUACCAGCGACGAGUUUCCAAAGUUUAUCGAGAUCCUCACUCCGGCAAGGAGAUAUCAUUUGGCCAGCUUGAUCGUUACCAUCACUCUUCCGCCUUACGACGAGGCUGCAUCCCAUAGAGCGGAAUCGCCCGAAGAACGGCUUAUCAAUGAUAAGUGCUACAGCAAUGGCAUAAAAUCAUUAUUCGAUAUUCUUCGUCGGUGGGAAGAUGAAGAUCCGGAAACAAUAGGCUAUCGCCUCGCGUUAUUCAUAAACCACCCCGAAUCACCUUCCGAUACGCCAUGGCCGACGAAGUACGUUCCAUGGGGCGAGAUGUAUCCUGAGGAGGACGGAAUUUACGAGGGCCGGUUCUUGCAUUCGUUCAUUGAACUUAGAGAGAGUCAACUACUCCCAAACCUCGAGAGAGUUAAGCAACUCGUAAUGAUGCAACAAGAAGAGAGGUAUGGACACCGUAACACCUACCCGAAGGUGCCUAUUAUCCUCGCCUCAAAGAUGCCGAAUUUGGAACGCUUCAAGCUUUUUAUGAACGACGACGAGAAGAGAUUUGAAGAACUUCGGAUUCUCAACCGAAAUGAAGCGGCACAGGCUAUCCGAGAGCUGUCAUUACCAUCACUGAGGAAAGCCGAAUUCGACUUCUUUCAGAGGAGAUAUCGAAACGAGAGGGCCAUGCCGCCAGCGUUGCAUGGGCCCGGCGUUCCAGACCCGCUGAGCUCUGCUAUCUGCGCAUUCUCACAAAAUCUUGUAGACCUGAGUGUCACCGGAGCCUUUGACGACUCACUUCUCCGGCCUACACAGGGUCUGAGUGAGACCUCAUGGCCGAAUCUCAGAUUUCUCGACGUUAACAUGCAUGCCACUUCCCCUUCAGGAACUUGGUACUUCAAAAAAGCAGACGGUAGCCCUGACCACCGGCCAUACACCCAUAGCUCCAGCACAAACAACGCCCACUCGGAUCUGCACAGCGAAGAGUUCAGCUUUGUAGAGGAGGCCGCCUACGCGCGAAUGACUCCGGUGGAGGUUUUCCGUUGCAAGCCUGACGAUGCCUAUAUAACGCCCUUCAUCGAAGCGUACGCCAACGCGCUGAAGGUGAUGCCCAAGCUCGCAUCAGCGGCUUUGAACUUCCAGCUCGAGUAUGAGACCGAGGAAGACGAGCCUAGCUGGAUGUGUAUUGCGUACUUUGCGCCCUGUCGCACGGCAUCAAAGCAUCCGCCAAAACUGCUGUGUCCGAACUGCAACCGAGGUGUCACACGUCAGCUAGUGAAGCUCUACCUUGGCUGGGAGCCGAGUGAGGCACUGGCGGCCAAGCUGCGUGCGAUUGGAGACGAGGCCCAUGAGGCGUCAAUGGUGGAAAAGACUAUGGCCCAAUUUAUGGAUCAGCAUGAGUGGGCCAAUAACGACGACUUGUGA